AUGGAAAAAGCUAUCAACAAGAGUGUGACCAUUGCCGAGCUCAUUAAGAGAAGGAUUCCUGGAAUCCAUCAGCACACAUCUAUUGGAUCCAUUGACAUAACUGAUAUCUGGGAGAGUAAAGAGGAAGGCCUUCUUCCGAUUGAGACAACAAGGCAUGUGUUAGUGAUCACUAUAACGCUUUCGAAGAAGGAGCUGAACACAUCCGCAGUUGGUUACCAGUGUCCGAUCCCAAUCGAGUUGGGGAAGCCAUUUGUUGAGAUUGAUUACGAAGGAAGAGAGAAAGAAGAGGCAGAGGAAGAGGAGACAGAGUUGUAUCAGGGGAAAGAUAUGUUAACGUUGAGUAUGAUGAUGAAAGUAUGGAGCCUGAGUAGGUACCUGGGAGAGGAGGACGUGGUGGUUGUGGGAGAGGAGGACGCAGUGGUCGUGGAAGAGGAGGGUUCAUUCAGCUAA